AUGCCAGGACGGGUGCUGCCGACUUUCACACCUGCCGAGGUUGAGUCGCAUAACAACGCCAAAUCUUGCUAUAUCACGAUCGGCCGCAAUGUCUACGAUGUCACCGAGUUCGUGGAGGACCAUCCAGGUGGCGGUGACUUGAUUUUGGACUACGCGGGCAAGGAUGUCGCGGAGAUUAUGAAGGAUGAAAUUUCUCACGAGCACUCUGAAGCCGCCUACGAGAUCUUGACCGACUACCACGUUGGAUUCAUCUCCUCGGAUGCCACCGGAAAGGCAAAGGCAUCUGGUAUCGACACCGAGGGGUCGGAUUCUCAGCCCGUUUACGAGAGCACCGGCAUGUCCCGGGAAGAGGAUCUGUCAAUCGACACGGACUAUACUCAGGACUACAAGACACACAAGUUCCUGGACCUCAAUAAGCCAUUGUUCGCUCAGCUUUGGUACAGCAACUUCUCCAAGGAGUUUUACCUUGAGCAGAUCCACCGCCCUCGUCACUACAAGGGAGGAGCCUCUGCCCCACUCUUCGGCAAUUUCCUAGAGCCCCUCAGCAAGACAGCCUGGUAUGUGGUGCCUAUAAUGUGGCUGCCACCGGUCUUCUAUGGGACAAUGAUCGGAGCGCAAGGUCUAGGAGACCCUACCGCGGCUGCCGCAUACUGGAUCGGCGGUGUUUGUCUCUGGACUCUGAUCGAGUACCUCAUGCACCGCUUCCUGUUCCAUGUCGAUAACUGGCUCCCGGACAACAGAGUCGGUCUGACCCUACACUUCCUCCUCCACGGCAUUCACCACUACCUGCCUAUGGACCGCUAUCGUCUGGUCAUGCCCCCAACAUUGUUUGUGAUUCUGGCGGCUCCUUUCUGGAAGCUUGCUCACGCCGUGUUCUUCUACAACUGGUUUGCGGCUGUCCAAGUGUUCUGUGGUGGUGUCUUUGGCUACAUUUGCUAUGAUUUAACUCACUACUUCCUCCACCACCGCAACCUUCCUCUGUACUACAAGGAGCUCAAGAAGUAUCACCUGCAGCACCACUACGCUGACUUCGAGAACGGAUUUGGCGUGACCAGCCGUUUCUGGGAUCGGGUGUUUGGAACCGAGCUGGAGACUCCGGCUCCCAAAGGAGUCAAAGCUCAGUAA